AUGACCGAAGGCAAACAAGUGGAGCAUGUAACUUAUAUUGUUGCUGGAAACAAGUUUGAAAUUCCUUCAAGAUACGAAGUGAAGAAAGUUAUUGGACAAGGAGCAUACGGUGUUGUUGUAUCUGCGUGGGACAAAGAGAGAAAUGAAAACGUUGCCAUUAAAAAGAUAUUCAACAUUUUCGAACACGAUAGAGAAUAUCAAAAGAGAAUUUUGAGAGAGGUUAAAAUUCUUCGUCAUUUCGACGGUUGUGAAAAUGUCGUUCAAUUGUACAAUUUAAUUCUUCCUCCAUCCUUUGAAGAAUUCAAUGAUGUUUAUAUUGUAAUGGAAUUCAUGGAUUCAAACUUGAGGCAAAUGAUUAAAUCAAAUCAGGAAUUGACAGACCAAAACAUUCAAUACUUUUUGUACCAUUUACUUAGAGGUUUGAAGACUAUCCAUUCAGCUAAUGUUUUGCACAGAGAUAUUAAACCAUCCAACAUCCUCAUUAAUGGAGACAUGGAAAUCAAAUACUGCGAUUUUGGAUUGUCACGUGGAAUUGAAUCCGAUACAAAUCCAAAAAUGUCUACAACCUAUGUCGCAACACGUUGGUAUAGAAGUCCAGAACUGCUGCUCAUGUGGGAUCAAGCUGGAAAGGCACUAGAUAUAUGGAGUCUUGGUUGCAUUUUCGCAGAAAUGCUUGACAAACCACCAAAGAGAAGAGUUCUUUUCCCUGGAAAGAAUUACCUCAAUCAAUUAGACUUGAUUCUCGAUGUCACAGGAACUCCUCCAGAAGAAGAUAUCAGAGGAUGUGCCAAGGCAAAGAGAUACAUGUCUGGACUGCCUCAUAAACCCAAGCAAAAUUUCAAAGAUAUUUUCCCACAUGCUAAUCCAUUAGCAAUUGACUUGCUUGAAAAGAUGCUGGCUUUUGAUCCAUUAAAGAGAAUAACAGUCGAAGAAGCUCUUAAACAUCCAUAUUUAGAGACCAUGUAUGAAGAAGAUGACGAAGAAGAUGGAGUUGAACUUUUCUCUUUCAAUUGUGACAACGAUAUGCCACUCGAGAAAAUCAAAGAACUUUUGUACGAAGAAAUUGUAGACUUCAACAAGUGUCACGGUGUUAACCCAAAACCAAUUAUUUUAAACCAAGUUUUUGAAGUUAAGGAAUAA